AGGUUGGCAAUGUCCGCAAAAAUCUAUUCCUCGCAUACAAGACUCUUGGUGUUGUUUUUGGUGGCCUUGUUACUUCUCCCCUCUAUGUUUAUCCAUCAAUGAACUUGUCGUCUCCCACAGAAGGAGACUACCUGGGAAUAUACAGUAUAAUGUUCUGGACUCUUACUUUAAUUGGUGUGGUGAAGUAUGUAGGCAUAGCUCUCAAUGCUGAUGAUCAUGGUGAAGGUGGUACAUUUGCCAUGUAUUCUUUGUUGUGUAGACAUGCUGAUAUAGGCAUCCUUCCUUCCAAGAGAGUAUAUUCUGUAGAAGAACCACUGCUUCACGAUCAGUCAACAAUAGCUAGAAGGCCUAGUAAGCUUGGGAAGUUCUUUGAGCGAAGCAUAACCGCAAGAAGGGUAUUGUUAUUCAUGGCAAUUCUUGGGAUGUGCAUGCUCAUUGGUGAUGGCAUAUUAACUCCUGCUAUUUCAGUUCUGUCAGCUAUCGAUGGACUACGAGGACCAUUUCCUUCCGUUAGUAGACCUGUUGUGGAAGCCCUGUCUGCAGCAAUUCUUAUUGGCUUAUUCUUGCUGCAAAAGUAUGGGACUUCAAAAGUGAGCUUUCUGUUUUCUCCAAUCAUGGCAGCAUGGACUUUCACCACUCCAAUCAUCGGAAUAUACAGCAUUGUUCAUUACUACCCUGGCAUCUUCAAAGCCAUUUCGCCACAUUAUAUCGUUCUUUUCUUCCUUAGAAACAAAAGGCAAGGGUGGCAGCUGCUUGGUGGGACUGUUCUAUGUAUCACAGGUGCGGAAGCUAUGUUUGCAGAUCUUGGCCACUUCAGCAAAAAGGCUAUUCAGAUAGCAUUUCUAUCCAGCAUAUAUCCUUCUCUGGUCCUCACUUAUGCUGGGCAAACAGCAUACCUCAUUAACAAUGCCAACGACUUCGGUGAUGGAUUCUACAAAUUUGUCCCUCGCCCCGUUUACUGGCCCAUGUUUGUCAUCGCAACACUAGCGGCAAUUGUUGCAAGUCAAUCCUUAAUAUCCGCAACAUUUUCUGUCAUCAAACAGUCAGUUGUUUUGGACUACUUUCCGCGUGUUAAGGUGGUGCACACAUCGCAACAAAAGGAAGGGGAGGUUUACUCCCCAGAAGUUAAUUAUAUUCUGAUGGUACUGUGUGUUGGUGUUAUCCUAGGCUUUGGUGGUGGAAAAGAGAUAGGGAAUGCUUUCGGUGUUGUUGUCAUCAUGGUCAUGCUCAUAACUACAAUCAUGCUCACUCUUGUGAUGAUCAUCAUAUGGAGAACGCCACUUUAUCUUGUUGGCAUGUAUGCCGUUCCGUUCGUCAUCAUUGAAGUGUCCUAUAUCAGUGCCGUUUUCACCAAGAUCCUUGAAGGAGGCUGGCUUCCUUUUGCAGUUUCCAUGAUCCUUGCAUUGAUCAUGUUCGUCUGGUACUAUGGUAGGCAAAGGAAAACAGAGUACGAGAUGGUGAACAAGGUAACCCUGGAGCGCCUUGGUGAGCUCUUGGCAAUUUCUGAGGUACAGAGGGUCCCCGGUUUGUGCUUCUUCUACAGCAACAUACAGGACGGGCUAACUCCGAUACUUGGGCAUUACAUCAAGAACAUGAGCUCACUGCAUACAGUCACAAUCUUUGUGACCCUUAGGUACCUGCUGGUUUCCAAAGUUGAUGAACGGGAAAGGAUCCUGGUCAAGAGGCUCGGCCCAGACGGGGUGUACCAGUGCACCAUCCAGUAUGGCUACGCCGACAACCUGAGUCUCAAAGGUGGUGAUGACCUUGUGGCACAGGUCACGCGAUGCCUACAACGGCACAUUGAGACAAGCACCGACCGACAGUCUCCUAUUUCUACUGAGGAAGAGGUUGCAAACCUGAAGGCGGCGAGGUUGGCAGGUGUGGUUCAUGUCCGUGGCAAGAUGAGGUUCUAUGUGGGGGACGACGCGGGCUGCUUCGACAAGGUCAUGCUCCUACUCUACGAGUUCUUGCAUGGCAUCUGCAGGUCGGCACUGCCGGCUCUCGGGAUGCCUCUGCAGCAGCGAGUUGAGAUCGGCAUGCUGUACAAGGUUUGACGCACUAUUGGUCGAGUAGGUUAUUGUUGUUGUAUGUCUGAUUACCUGUUGUUGUUCAUUGCUGAGACUGGGGCUCAAAGGUGAGAAAUACAAGGUCAUGGACACAUGGUGCGUGAGUGCGGUAGUAUGGUCAUUCUUAGCUUGUAGCGUCCAUGUCCCCUGGUUUAUGUGGGGGAUGAACAGGUUGUUUCGACAAAGGUCUUCUACUCUACGAGUUCUUGCAUGGCAUCUGCAGGUCGGCACUGUCUGCUCUCGGGAUGCCUUUGCAGCAGAGAGCUGAGAUUGGAAUGAUGUGCAAGGUUUGACGCACUAUUGAGAGAUUAGGUUAUUGUUGUUGUAUGUCUUACUCCCUGCUGUUGUUCAUUGUUGAAUUUGGGCCUCAAAGGUGAGAAAUACAAGGUCAGGGACGCAUGGUGCGUGAG